AUGGCUUACGGUGGUAUGCCAGGCUCGAUGCCUGUGCGUUUGCGCUUUUUGUUUCUUGUUGCGACGCUCAUUACUAGCGCUUUUUUUCUUUUAUCACUUAAUGGCAUCACAAACAUAUUACUCCUAAGCAAUUACGCUAUCGUUCCACCACUGGACUCUUUUAAUUACGUAAUUGAUGAAUACAGCUUUACAAUACGGACCCAAGGAUGCACCAUACCAGGUUUACAACCACUUGAUGAGAGUGUAAAACAAUUUGUUGAAUAUCCAGACCAUAUGAAACCGUGUUUAAAUAUAUCAAAAUCAUUACUUGGAAAUAACAGAACUCAUGUCUGGAUUAGAGAAGAAAAUGUGCGACAUUAUGUAAGUGAUAACAGGAAUUUAAAAUGUUGCUAUAGAUCCUUUUUUCGGCCAGCAUCUAUUAAAGAUAUAACUUCGUUAGAUGUUGACGACCGGGUGGAAUAUCGUAAGUGCAAGUCCUUUUCCGAUGUAAUAGAAGCAAAAGAUGAAUUCGUUUAUGUAAUAUGCUUUGGCGGAAAGGAUAAAAUAUACGAACAAUACUACGCAUUUGCCCUAAAUAAAAAUCACGCUAUUGACAUAUCUAAAAACAAAACAGCGUACAACGUUUUAGUUUUAGGCAUAGAUGCAGUCUCAAGACUUAAUUUUCACCGAACGAUGCCUAAAACAUUAGCAUUUUUAAAGGAGAAGAAUGCCGUCGAAUUAUUUGGUUACAACAAAGUUGACGAUAACACAUUUCCAAAUCUCAUACCCAUGUUACUAGGCAUCAAAGAAGCGGAAUUAAAAAAGACAUGCCUUCCAAAUCAGAAGUCUUCAUUUGAUAAUUGUCCAUUUGUUUGGGAGUGGUAUAAACAAGCCGGUUAUUAUACAGCUUUGGGCGAAGACAGUGCCACACUUGGGACGUUUAACUUCUUUAAAGUAGGAUUCACCAGAACGCCAACCGAUUACUAUCUUCAUACGUUUAUUAAUGAAGCAGAGAGUAACGCCGGCAAAAACAAAGAUUUUAACUCAUAUCUAUGUAUGAAUGAUAAAUAUUUUUAUAAAUUCUUAUUGGAUUACAUUCAAGAUCUAUUAAUAACUUUAAGAUCAUCCAAAUUAUUUGGCUUCUUUUGGGAAGUAACAAUGAGUCAUGAUUAUCUGAACUAUCCGAUGGUUAUGGAUUUACCUUAUGUAAACUUUUUUAAGAGUUUAGACUUACUGCAUGUUUUAGAUGAUACUAUAAUAUUUCUGGUUAGUGAUCAUGGAAUAAGGUGGGGUGAAAUCAGAACUACAAAACAAGGUCGCUUAGAAGAACGACUGCCGUUUGUCUAUAUUUUACUUCCACCUUCUUUUCAAACGAAAUAUAGCGAAGCAUUUAGGAAUUUGAAAACAAACAGUCGGCGUCUUACUACGCCGUUUGAUAUACAUGCAACUUUAAAUGAUCUGGUAGAACUCAGUCAAAUCGAAAAUUCAAAAAUAGAGUCACGUAUCAAACAGUCAUACUCGGGAGAUCGUAGUAUUAGUUUAUUUCUACCCAUACCGACUAAUCGAACUUGCUUUAUAGCCGGAAUCGAUGAUCAUUGGUGUACGUGUCAUCGUGGUCUAAAAAUAUCAACGGAAAGUGUUCAGGCUAUGAAUGCUGCAGCUCAUAUGAUGGAAGAACUAAAUAAAAUUGUUCGUAAUCAUAAAUUAUGUGCCGAUUUGAAUUUAGCAGAAAUUAUAGACGCAACAGAGAUGGAAGUUGGCACAGCAGACAAAAAUGAAGUAGGAUGGCAAGAAUUUAUGGUGGUUAUUCGUACAGAACCUGGCAGUGGCGUUUUUGAAGGCACAUUACGGUUCGACAACCACAGUUGGAUUUUAACUGGUACAAUUAGUCGACUCAAUUUAUAUGGAGAUCAAAGUCGGUGUGUAAAUGACUACCAUCUUAAACUUUAUUGUUACUGUUUAUAA